AAAAGCUUGCUUGCUGUAAUAUUGGAGGCUCACCUUUACUUUAAGGGAAGUACUUGCAUACAAGGAAGGACUGAACUCCCCCCUAGGGAGACUAUAACUCUUUGAUAGCUGAAUAUCUUACCCAUUUUUGCAUUCUCCGUUUACUUCGUUGUUGAAAGACCCUAACCAGGAGAGCAACCCAAUGGCAAUGCAACCAAGUCUACAACAAGGAAAUCCGAAUCAUGCAGAACAACCUGCAGAUGUUCGUGUAAGCGUUGGAUCGACUCCUUCUCAAUCCGGAGGUGCUCCAGAAAUAUCGGAAGAGGCAGUCGAUGGACACUACUACCGACCAUUGUUGCAAGCUGCAUUCAAGGGUGAUUGGGAAUCUGCUAAAAGAUUUUUCGAACAAGAUUCUGCUUCAAAGACGGCCAAAAUAACAAGCAGAUCAGAAACAGCGCUUCACAUAGCCGCUUUGAGUGCACAUGACCAAUUUGUUGAGGACCUGGUUGAGCUCUUGUCUCCAUAUCCGGAAGUGCUCGAAAUGGUUGAUUGUGAUGGCUGCACAGCCCUCCACAUUGCUGUCCUGUGUGGAAGGAUAAGGAUGGUCAAGGCAUUAGUUAGAAGUAAUCCUAAGUUGACGCAACUUGCAGAUAAUGAAGGACGUUUUCCUUUGGGAAUAUCUGCUCUGGAAGCUUCUAUGCAUAAGGAGAUUGCCUGGUUCCUGGCAAAAAGUACGACAAACGAUGCGCCAAGUCAUCCCUUCCGCAGUCCCUCUGCGAAGGACACCAUUAUACAUCUCACCUUCAAUGGUCAUCAUGAUAUCACUCUUUAUCUAGUUGGGCGGUACCCUCACUUAAUUACCGUGAAAGGCAGAGUGCAUGGUGGACACUAUUCUAUACUGGACGCGUUGGCGAGUGUGGAGUCUCGAUUUCUCAGCGGAACCAGGCUCAGUGUUUUGGAAGCAUUGAUAUACAAAUGUGUUCCGGGGGACUUGAACACCAAACCAACAGAUAAAAAUUCGGAUCCGGCGCUUCAAUGUCUCACAAGGUCACUUUGGAAUGCCGCCAAAAUUGUAGUUCCUAUGAUCAAGAGGGUGCACGAGGUGAAGUUGCAACACGUGGCGGCAGUCCAGUUGGCAAAACAAGUUUGCAUUGCGAUCUCUCAUUGGAAAUCUACCGAGAUCACCGAUUUUCUCCUAGAGGGAAACCUGUUGGGUCAAGCUACAGUCAAGGGAAUCAGUGAAAUCGUGAAGUUAUGUGUUCAAUUUUUCCCGGAACUUAUUCGGAUUAAGGUAAGAGGUGAGAGGUUGCCGACACAGGCUGUGAGGUACCGCCAAGAAAGGACUCUCAGGCUCUUUUUGGAGGUAAGCUCAGCCAAUGAGUUGUCAUUAGUUCCAGGGCCAACUGAGGCAGAAUCGCAGAGCAUGAUGAGCGCAGUAGUAGAGUACGUAGCAACAGAGUACUGCCCUAAUUUCAAUGCGGUAAUUAACGUGGCCGGAGCAGCUUUUCAAAUGCAAAGAGAACUCCAAUGGUAUAAGGCUGUGGAAAGCUGGACUAUCCCUGUACUGAAAAUUUUCUACGCGGAUGGGAAAACAUAUUGGAAUAGAUUUGUGGAUAAGCACAAAGAUUUGCUUGAAAGCGGAGAGAAGUGGGUGAAGGACACAGCAAAUUCAUGUAUGCUUGUCUCAACUCUAAUUGCCACAGUAUUGUUUGCUGCUGCAUUCACCAUGCCUGGAGGGAAUAACGGAAAUACUGGAGUGCCAUUGUUGUUAGGACAGGACUCCUUCUUGGUUUUUGCAAUUUCAGAUGCGUUAGGUUUGUUAUCCUCCGUGACUUCCAUCUUACUAUUCCUAGCCAUCUUAACUUCGCGGUAUGAGGCGCAAGAUUUUCUUGAAUCAUUGCCUAAGAAGAUCAUACUGGGCCUCUCUUUACUCUUCCUCUCCUUGGCUUUCAUGCUAGUGGCCUUCGCUGCAACUCUCAGAACUGUGCUGGAUAAGAGACUGGAGUGGGUUCUCAUUCCCAUUACUUUGCUGGCCUCUCUCCCCGUGGCUUUAUUUGUAGUACUACAGCUUCCCUUGCUAUACCAAAUGGUUAAAUCCACUUAUGGACCCAGCAUCUUUCGUCCCGAGAGCAUUUGGGAGUGAAGCAUAACUAUUGGACAUGUCAUGGGAUUGACGAAUUU